CAAAUUCAUUAUUUUAUAGUUCUGGAGGUCAGAAGUCUAAAAUGAGCAGUAAGGGACUUUUCCAGUUUCCAGAGAUUGGCAGCAUUACUUGGCUUACUGCCCCACGAUACUCUGACCCUCCUACCUCCCUCUGUAAGGACCCUUGUGAUUUCAGUGGACCCACCUGAAUGAUAAUUCAUGAUACUCUUCCCAUCUCAAGAUCUUUAACUGAAUCACAUCUGCAAAGUCCCUUUUGCCAAAUAAGGUAAAAUUUUCACAGGUAUUAGGAAUUAGGAUGUGGACAUCUUUUGGAGGGCCAUUAUUCUAUACCUGCCACAAUUGGCAUCAUAUUUUUCAUUGUAUUUUCUCCUGUUUUUCUAUAUUUUGCCUUUUUAAAUUUCAAAAUGCAUUUAUAUCUUCCUCUAUCACUUUCUCUUUUAAUCAAUUUGUCUAUUUUAUAUUAUAUUUGCCUUAUUAACUAUACCCUGAACAACUGUAGCAGGAGUGGAGGGUUUAUUGUAAAGGUUGGAAAGGCAUGGUCAGCCAUACUGGCAGUUCUGUUCAAGUUAAUUUCCUCCCACCUGUCAUUUCCCAGUAGUUCAUCCAACAAAACUACUUUCUUUGUACUCUGAGCGUUCUAAGUAACCCCUGUCAGCAUGCUUCCUAACUCAGUGUUAAAGGUAAUGGUUCAUCCUAAACAUUUUCACUCCUCGUCCCACUGUCGAACUGCUCGUUCUCUACGACUGAAACCUCUGAGCUUCCUUUCUCUCGAGUCUCAGCUCUUGGGAAUACCAAAGGAGGCGAGCGGUUCACCUUACUACUCCCUCGGGGCCAAGGCCUGGGCAUGCGCACCCGCCGCGGCGGAGUGGAAGCGAAGCACGGGUCUCUGGGACCUGUCAAGCUGGUUCCGACAUCUGGGGAAUUAACGCGUCCCGCCCAUCUCUAGCUCCGCGCCUCCGCCCUUGUUCCCUCUCGGCUUCCAGCUCCUACGAGCGAAAGCCGCUACAAAGGGCUUGAAUGAAACGUGUGUGGGUUUAGUGAGUCGUAACCCACCAGGGAAUCCAGUCUCCCCACAAACCAGCCUCUCUCGGAGGAGGCAGAAGAGGGGGAGGAGGCAAGGAGCCGAGCGCUGGGUUUCCCCCGCGCGCGCAGCGACUGGAGCGGCGGGGAGAGGCCGGGCCACCUCCCCCUUUCCGGCCAUGCACCGCCUCGCCCGCGGCGGUUCCAGGCACCACACUCUCCGCCCGGGUUGCGCCUGCUGUCGCAGCAACAAGCUCCUUCGGCCGCCGGCACCGUCCACCGAGGAGCAGCGCUCGCCCUCCCCACCCCCACCACCGAUUCCCUUGUCCGCGAGGACACGCCGGCCAGCAGCCCGCGCCGCCCCCUGGUCAACUUUGAGCUGGAGGAGAAGCAACUUUGACAGUGGCCGCGGGUUUGGAAUCCCGCUUCUCCUCGGCAGCAGUAGCCUCACAAGUCGCUGGGGUUAGGUGGGGCAAGAGUUUCCCGGUGCAUCUGCGCGGCGUCUGGCUGUUUGCUACCUGUUUCCAGCGAGCCGGGAGCGGGGUUGUGGCUGCCAGUCAUGUGAAGAAGGGCAACUUGUUUUUCUCUCCCUUUAGCGACCUCGGCUUACAACUGGAUAAAGCGGUAUUGAAAGGGUGUAAAAAGGCAGAGCAACUGUUACGAAUUGGAUAAGGCGCUAUGGGAAGGAUGUAAAUAGGCAGAGCGACUGUUACCAAGAAGGCAACCGCCCAAAGGCAGGGAGGAACGUGGGGCUUGGUCCGGGCUUUUCCCAGUCGCAACAUUAAUCAACAGUCAGGUGUUGGUUGCAACUUUUCAAGGUCAGCCACCGGGAGCAGCGAUUUCCUCUCUGAACCUUGGGGAUACGCAGCGCCCGGGUCGGAUUUGGCUGAGAAAUGCACGGGAAGCCAGAAGAGGAAGGAUUGUAGAGGGGGAGGGUUUGUGACCCAAGACCCAUCCCCCAACCUCCCCGUAAUCUCCCGUCCCCCACUGCCGGGGCGGGGGUGAGUUGUGACAUGUGCCUAACUCUCAGCAGCAACUUAGGCAGCAGGUGUCGGUCCUAACCAGGAGCCGCGGCUGCUGGGUACGCCCUCACCGAGCCAUGCGGGCCCCGGGCGCGCCUCUUCCCCGCACCUUGCGGUUGCUGCUUCUGCUACUGCUCAAGGUUUCUGCCUCUCCUGCCCUCGGGUCCGCUCUUUCGCCCAGGAACGAAACUUGCCUCGGGGAAAACUGUUCACCUGCACUGAGCCAGCGUCGCAGUAGGGACGCGUGGGGACUGGGAAAUUCUGCAGGAGACCUUCUGAGAACCCGUGCGCCCAGGGAGGAGGAGCAGGGGGCAGCGGUGCGCGCGGCGCCCUUGUGGGACCUAAGGGCCACCCGGGGCGGUGACCCAGGUGCGGGAAGAGGGGCGGAGGCGUCGGCCGCAGAACCCUCGGGACCUCCAGCCAGGCCAUCUGGAGCCUGGAGGUGGAAAGGUGCCCGGGGUCAGGAGCCCCCUGGAACUUUAGGGAGAGGGAACCUCCCGGCUCUCCAACUCUUCCUGCAGACCUCAGAGGGGAAAGAGAAGGGUCCCAGAGGCGCUGGCAUUUCUGAGCACGGUCUGGAGCAGAGUGUGAGGACAGAACCCGGAGCCAGCGACCUUUAUUACUGGCCAAGGAGAGGCGGGAAACUCCAGGGUUCCCACCACGACACCUCACCCAAGAUGGUCAGUGGACCGUCGGGGCACGAAGGGCGGACGAUCGCACCCCCUGGCAGGGCGCUGGCCCAGAAUGGGUCCUCAGGUGAAGGGGUCCACGAACGCGGGGGUUCCCGCCGGGCGAACAGCACAAACCGGCGCUUGCGACUAAAGAACCCCUUCUACCCGCUGACCCAGGAGUCAUACGGAGCCUAUGCAGUCAUGUGUUUGUCUGUGGUGAUCUUCGGGACUGGCAUCAUUGGCAACCUGGCGGUGAUGUGCAUCGUGUGUCACAACUACUACAUGCGGAGCAUCUCCAAUUCCCUCUUGGCCAACCUGGCCUUCUGGGACUUUCUCAUCAUCUUCUUCUGCCUUCCGCUCGUCAUCUUUCACGAGCUGACGAAGAAGUGGCUGCUGGAGGACUUCUCUUGCAAGAUUGUGCCCUAUAUAGAGGAUUCUGAUGCCUUUGUAGUGGUCGCUUCCCUCGGAGUCACUACCUUCACCUUAUGUGCUCUGUGUAUAGACCGCUUCCGGGCAGCCACCAACGUGCAGAUGUACUAUGAAAUGAUCGAGAACUGUUCUUCGACAACUGCCAAGCUUGCUGUUAUAUGGGUUGGUGCCCUACUGUUGGCGCUUCCGGAAGUUGUUCUCCGCCAGCUGAGCAAGGAGGAUCUGGGGUUUGGUGGCCGAGCUCCUGCGGAACGCUGCGUUAUCAAGGUCUCCCCAGAUUUACCGGACACCAUCUACGUUUUAGCCCUUACCUAUGACAGUGCAAGACUCUGGUGGUACUUUGGCUGUUACUUCUGUUUGCCCACACUUUUCACCAUCACCUGCUCUUUGGUGACUGCAAGGAAAAUCCGCAAGGCAGAGAAAGCCUGUACCCGGGGGAAUAAACGACAGAUUCAGCUAGAAAGCCAGAUGAACUGUACAGUAGUGGCUCUGACCAUUUUGUAUGGAUUUUGCAUUAUUCCUGAAAAUAUCUGCAACAUUGUUACUGCCUACAUGGCUGCAGGGGUUUCUCAGCAGACAAUGGACUUGCUUUAUAUCAUCAGCCAGUUCCUUUUGUUCUUCAAGUCCUGUGUCACCCCUGUCCUCCUUUUCUGUCUUUGCAAACCCUUCAGUCGGGCCUUUAUGGAGUGCUGUUGCUGUUGCUGUGAUGAGUGCAUUCAGAAGUCUUCAACAGUGACCAGCGAUGACAAUGACAACGAAUAUACCACAGAACUUGAACUCUCACCUUUUAGUACCAUACGCCGGGAAAUGUCCACGUUUGCUUCUGUGGGAACUCAUUGCUGAAGGACAACCUUUUGUUUGGUUAGAUUUAUUUGAUUUUCAGAUCCUGUGAAAGUUUUUACUUCAUAUUUUUCCC